UAACUUGCCUAUAUGCUCUUCUAUAUGGAAAUAUAUGAUUGCAAUGAAUUUAAUGAAUAAUGAAUGAUAAUUAUUAACAAUUAUAGUGCUGCUCAUUCCUCUGGGUCAAUAAUGCAUCCUAUUCGUUACUUACGGCUGGUCGAUUAGUAUAAUAAAGUGCAUAGCAUAUUUAUUAGAAAGAAUGACAGGGCUGUGUUUUUAAAACUGUUUUGUAUUGUUGCAAAAUAAUCGUAUAAUUAUCAUGGAAAAGGUUUGCUGUGUGUGCAAAAGGACAGAGUGCUCAUAUAAGUGUCCUGUAUGUAGAGAGCCAUAUUGUUCUAUAGCUUGCUGUAAGGUCCACAAAGAAAGUAACUGCGAACCACCAAAGCCUCAGCAGAGCGAAGCUACCAAAGUAAAUACGAUCAAGUAUGAGUUUCCCACAGAGGAUACAGUUCCCAUUGAAAAAUUGCAACAAUUACACUUGAGCAAAGAGUUGAAAAAUUGCUUAAGAAAUCCACAUGUACGUAACAUUAUGCGUUCAAUCUUGACCGAUAAGAAUCCUACUAAAGCCAUUGCUUUGGCUAUGACUGAACCGAUAUUUGUAGAAAUGGCAGAUGCAUGUCUGAAAGUUGUUGAACCAUCGGUCGAUGAUCAACCAUUUUAAUGUACCUGGACAAUAUUGUCUGAAAUUCAACUGUUGCGUAUAUUUUUCACAGAAAACUAAAGUGUAUACUUUAUUUUACACUUAAUUAAACCAUUUAUUGAAUUGCCAUAAAAAUAUAUACACGAGUUUAUUAGA